GCGUCUUCCGCUGCCGUCUGCUCGUCGUCUGCUCUUCGCUUGCGUCGUCUGCUAGUUCCAACCAUAUCCUAAAAAUAAAGGAAACAGACAACGCCACUGUGACGCGUGGCGUCGCUAUUCCGAUCUCUGCGACACCGACGCGGAGAUGUUGGUAGUGCCCCAUUCAUCAUGGCGGGUUGGUUGGUAAACAUUGCGAGAGGUUAGGUUGCCCUAGUGUCGGCUGCACGGAAGGAGUUCACAGAGAGAAAGUUCAUGUGGCGUUGCAUUUAGAAAGUGCGAGGCACUGGGGAGGCUUGCCAGUUUGCACACUUUACUCAUAUUCUUGUCUUCCAAACUAAUCAAGAUGCGUUUUCACGUGCUGAAAUUUCAAUUUUAUGCAAUGACAGCAACGAUAGUUGUGUUUGGUGGCUUGUUGAAUACUAUUGAGAAAAGAUUACCAACAUUUAUUAGCCAGUCGUAUCGAUUUGGCAAGUUUUCAUAUGAGGGAAAGAAAUCAAAGCUAAAAACCAUUGAGGUUCCAAAACGAUGGUUUUCCCAUUUUUACGUCUUUGCUGCUGCAUAUUCAACUCUCUGUCUCCUCACUGCUAUUAAGGUCUACUUUUUUGAUGGGAAAGCUCCAUCACAAGCAAUACAAUUGCUCAAUAUACUGGCUACCACACAACGUUCUUUCACAGUAUCAUCCAUUGCUACAUUAAUAGCCCUAGUAUUGAUGACCGCUCAGUGCGUACGGCGAUUCUAUGAGACAUGGUUUGUCAGUGUCUUUUCGGACGCCAAAAUGAAUCUUUCUCACUACAUUGUGGGGUUUUCUCACUACUUUGGAGCCAUCUCUGCUAUAUUAGUUGAGGCCCCUGGGUUCACACCUCACACAGGUGUGAGUAGUCUUGUGCUGCGGCUUAAUUUUUCUGAGCUCCAUCUUUACCAUUUGAUUGCUGUAAUAAUCUUCAUGUGGGCAUUCAUUCACCAAUUUCGGGCCGCUUCUAUUUUAGCUGAUUUGCGUAGAGAUAAAUCGGGUCAGGUAGUCAGUCAGAAGUACAGAUUACCUGAGGGAGAUUUAUUCCAAUUUGUUUCAUCUCCUCAUAUGCUAUGUGAAGUCAUUAUUUACUUAUGCCUCAUGGUCAUCUUGUGGGGUAGCACUGUGUUCCCCGUUGUGACACUGUGGGUUGUGAGCAACCAGGUUGAGAAUGCAUUUCUUACACAUUGGUGGUAUCAAGAGAAAUUUAAAGAAUAUCCAAAGAUGAGAAAAGCAAUAAUUCCAUUUAUAUUAUGAUCUAUAUAAUAUAGUGGCAAUUCGGUAGUUGUUCCUUAGUUGAAACUGUCAUAUUUUUAUUAUGCUUAUUUUGUACUCUAUUUUUUUUCUGCUUUUUUACUUUUAUAAAUUAGCUAAUGUGAAAGUAAAAAAGGGUCAAAGCACUUUUAAAAA